AAAAACCACCUGUCUGGCCUACACAGAUCAUAUUUAAAGAUAUCAUUUGACACUGUUCAACAAUUGAUGGAUGUGAAGCGUGAUCUAACACACAUUGUUGAGAGAAAUCAAUCAAAGUUUGAUACUAUAGAAGCAUAUGAAUCUAUACUGACGGGGAAAAGCAAGCAGCGAAGUCAAGAUUUUAUAGAUUAUAUCACUGAUCUACGUGAAUAUGAUGUCCCCUACCAUGUUCGCUUUUCCAUUGACAUUGAUGUUAGAUGUGGUCAGUGGUACGAUGUCAGUGUAUCUAGCUCUGGUGUUAUGUUGGAGAAGAGGACUGAUCUCUUGCAGCGAGCUGAAGUUCAUGUUUGCGCAUUUGAUAUUGAAACUACAAAGCUUCCUCUUAAAUUUCCUGAUGCCGAAUAUGAUUCCGUAAUGAUGAUCUCAUACAUGGUUGAUGGCCAUGGCUAUCUCAUCAUUAACAGAGAGUGUGUUGCAGAAGAUAUUGAGGAUAUAGAGUAUACCCCAAAACCAGAAUAUGAAGGGCAUUUUAAAGUGACAAAUGUAAAAAAUGAGGAAGGACUCCUUAGACAUUGGUUUGCACACAUGCAAGUGGUGAAGCCCGGUAUCUAUGUAACAUAUAACGGUGACUUCUUUGAUUGGCCAUUUGUGGAGACAAGAGCAGCUCAUUAUGGUUUGAGUCUGAAGGAUGAACUUGGGUUUUCCUGUGACAAGAAUCAAGGGGAAUGUCGUGCUAAAUUUGCUUGCCAUCUGGACUGUUUUGCUUGGGUCAAACGUGAUAGUUAUCUUCCUCAAGGAAGCCAAGGUCUGAAGGCUGUUACGAAGGCCAAGUUGGGUUAUGAUCCUCUAGAAGUUAAUCCUGAGGAUAUGGUUCGCUUUGCUAAGGAAAAACCACAGAUGAUGGCUUCGUAUUCUGUUUCAGAUGCUGUUUCAACUUACUACUUGUAUAUGACUUAUGUUCAUCCCUUCAUUUUCUCCCUUGCAACCAUAAUACCCAUGCCUCCAGAUGAAGUCUUGCGCAAAGGAAGUGGAACGUUGUGUGAAAUGCUUCUUAUGGUCCAGGUAGGUGUCUGUGGAAGCUCCUUUUUUC